CGAACAAUACAGGUACGAUCCGCAGCGCCCGCCGCAGCGCCCGCGCAACUUUCUGGCCCGCGUUGCCCGCGCCGCGCCGACCCCGCGCCCGCCGCCUGCAGCCUGGCCACGAACGGGGAGUCGAUCCAGUCAAGAUGGCUAAAGGGGACCCCAAGAAACCAAAGGGCAAGAUGUCUGCGUACGCCUUCUUUGUGCAGACCUGCAGAGAGGAGCACAAGAAGAAGAACCCGGAGGUCCCUGUCAAUUUUGCUGAAUUUUCCAAGAAGUGCUCGGAGAGGUGGAAGACAAUGUCCGGGAAAGAGAAAUCCAAGUUUGAUGAAAUGGCCAAAGCCGAUAAAGUGCGCUAUGACCGAGAGAUGAAAGAUUAUGGACCCGCCAAGGGAGGCAAGAAGAAAAAGGACCCCAAUGCCCCCAAAAGACCACCGUCUGGAUUUUUCCUGUUCUGCUCCGAAUUCCGCCCCAAGAUCAAAUCUACCAACCCCGGUAUCUCCAUUGGAGAUGUGGCCAAAAAGCUGGGGGAGAUGUGGAAUAACCUGAGUGAUAGCGAAAAGCAGCCCUACAUUACCAAGGCGGCCAAGCUGAAGGAGAAGUAUGAGAAGGAUGUCGCUGACUAUAAGUCUAAAGGAAAAUUUGACGGUGCGAAGGGUCCUGCUAAAGUUGCCCGGAAAAAGGUUGAAGAGGAAGAUGAAGAGGAAGAGGAGGAAGAAGAGGAAGAGGAGGAAGAGGAGGAGGAGGAUGAAUAAAAAAUCUUUUCUGGCUCCUUGUGAAUCCCUUAGAGUAGGGGAGCGCCGUGACUGACCGUCUCUUAGGUUAAAUGCCAACCCGAUUGCGAUCUUGUAGUCUCUCAAAAUGCUCCAGAAGUUGGCAGUAGUUGCCCAGUGUGGUCGCGGGGGUCCGGAACGCUGUGAAAUUGUAUCAAAGCUGUACAUAUUGCCAAACAUUUUUAAAUUGAAAAGGCACUGUGUUCUCCUCACUCUGCACUUUGCUGUUGCUGUGAAAGGCGUUUGUUUAAUUUGUAAGGUGGUGUUAACUACAUGGUUAUUGGCUAGAAACCCUGAGUUACCAACUGUACAUAUCUAGAGUUUGUAAAAAGAACAAAGCAACCCAGGCAAACCCUUGAUGCUCACUGCUUGGCGCCAAGGCUGUGGGACAGAUGCCACCAGGAGGGGACCGUAAACCUGUUGUUGGUGUGGCUGUGGCGGGCAUCGUUAGCUUCUGUAUAUAGUGACCUAGCAUCCUGCUGCCCUGUCUUAGCUGGGGUCCGAGAGGGUCAGCUGGCAUGAGAAGUGUUUGUUUGGAUUUGUUACUGGUUUUCUUUCUUUUAGUUAAGUGCUGUAGAUGGAAACUGUUCUAAACAAACCGUAGAAUGCUUUAUUGGCAGAGUCCACGAAGGUUCAAGAGGCUUCUGUACUUUAACACGAUUUGCAAUGUUGUGUUAUUUUUUUGUAUGUUUAGAAUGCUGAAAUGUUUUCCAAGUUAAAUAAACAGUAUUACAUUUUUCAAAA